AUGCGGCUGUCAACUCAUCGAUCGGCAACUCUCUCGUUCGUGGCCGCGAUGCUGCCUCUUUGUGGCAUCGUGGCGUCUCCGGCACCGGCCGCGGUCUACUCCCAGGUCGCUCAGGUGUCUGGAAGCGGAUUGGGUGAUAAUGGCGCCGGCGAUGGAACCACACGCACUGCUCAGGCGAGCACGGCUGACAAGUUAUUCGCUGGCUCCGCUCGCGCCCGCAGCGCGGCGGGGUUCGUCUCCGGGUACGUCCUCGCCUUCGCCGAUAGUCGAGCUUUCCCCAGUGGGGGAUUCGUCUCGGCUAAAGCUUCAGCGUACCUGCAAAUCAACGAUGUUGUAAUCAGCCGCACUGACCCAAACCUACCCGACACGGUCGAGACGACGUUUCAGAUAAGCUUCGACGACAACACCGACCUAGACCGCCUGACUACCAUCAACGGCGGACUGGGCAACUCGGACGAUUUUGACCUCGACGGCGCGCAGGACGGAUUGCUGGAUGUGACCAAGACGGUGCCCGUCGACACGCCGCUGUCGAUUUUUCUAACGGCCGGCAUUGGGGCCACGCUCCAAAGCAUGCCCGGUCAGAUUGAAGCCAGCUUCACUGCCAGUCUGGGGGGAUCGCCCGUCUUCCUGCUUCCCGACGGGUAUGUGGCCAACAGCGUCGAUGGGCAGAUCGAAGAUAGUUGGUAUGUCGGUCCGGUAGGUUCCGUCGUUCCCGAACCCACCACGCUGACCGGGUUGCUGGCCGUCCUGCUGCCGGCUUUGCUGUGCCGGCGUGGCUUCUGCCGCGGCGACCUCUCCGUGUCUCCAUGCCCCUUAAUGUGGUUAGAGACCUCCUGCUCCCUUUCGCUCAACGCACCUGUGGCCACGCCUUUCGUGCUGAUGCUGCGGCCCCGUAGCGGGGCACAACAAUGGGUGGCGAGUGAGCAGUACGUGCUGACGCCCAGUGUGCCAGCGGUUGAAUUCACCGACCAGUUUGGCAAUUUGUGCCAAAGGCUGGUUGCGCCUUCCGGGAGUUUCUUGAUUCAUACUGGAGCCGUCAUCGAGGCGGCCGACGCCGCCGACCUCGCCCCCGGGGCGCCCUUUGUCGAGGUGCAGCAGCUCCCUGACGCGGCGUUGCCGUUCCUGCUUCCAAGUCGGUACUGCGAAUCGGACCGAUUCAGUCAGAUGGCAGCGUCCAUCACGGCCGGGUACACCGCGGGUUACGACCAGUGUUCCGCGAUCGUCGACUACAUUCGCGGCUCUCUGCGAUACGUGCCCGGCGCCGGUCAGCAAAUCAUCAGCGCGGCCGAGGUGAAUGGCCGAACGCAGGCGGUCUGCCGCGACAUGGCCCACCUGGGCAUCGCCCUCUGCCGCGCGUUGAGCAUCCCCGCACGGAUGGUCGUCGGGUACCUCGAAUCGCUUCAGCCAAUGGACCUGCACGCGUGGUUCGAGGCGUAUGUGGGCGGCCGCUGGUACACCUUCGAUCCUACGCAGGACGCCUUGCAUGGGGGACGCGUGUCGAUUGCUUACGGCCGCGACGCCGCGGACGUCGCUGUUUACACCCAGUUUGGCGAACCGGUGGACCUGGUUAGCAUGACCGUCCGAGUGACGCGGCUAUCCGGGCCGCCCACAUGA